CGGGUCCAUUGCGCCGGCGCGCGGAGCGGUGCAUGUCGGGACGUGUAGUCUCCCCGCCGCCUUGAGCGAGGGACCGUUCCCGUGCAGGCCCCGGCGCAGGAGCCUCCGCGGCCUGGAGCUAUGGGACCAAGGCCCCGGGAGGGAAGUCACUUACCAGAGUGCGUGGGUUCUUCAUCCAGAACUCAAGUCUUCUGACUCUUGGGAUAUUUUUUUAAAAACCAAGAUGAGCUUAACACUCAGAGGACUUGAAAAAAGAGAGGCACUCAUCCGCCGGCCAGCUCUUUGCUCAGGACAGGAGAACAGCAAGACCUGACCUCCCAGUUCCUCUCUCCAUGUGCUUGUCUGAGCAGGCCCACGUCGACCAGGAGUGACUUCGCAAUUGGCCCAGCAUGAACUGGAAGGUCCUUGAACACGUGCCCUUGCUGCUGUAUAUCUUGGCAGCAAAAACCUUAAUUCUCUGCCUGGCAUUUGCUGGAGUCAAAAUCUACCAACGGAAAAGAUUAGAAGCAAAACUGGAAGCUGAGAAAAAGAAGCAGUCAGAGAAGAAAGAUAACUAGAGGGAAAAAUCAAAGAGUUUGCGAUUUAAAUGUCAGCCUGAGUGGACCCCAGCUGAGAAGGAGGCGGAGACCCUUACCGAAUGGGGUGUCGGAGGAUAGACUCCCAACCUAUAGGUUUAACUUAAAAUUGUAUGAAUUUUUUUAUGCCCUUGAAAGAACCAGUAUUUUGUUUACUGAAAUAAAAUACCUUUGUAAAAA